ACUUAACUUUUUGCCAAGAUGAUGGAACUCGAACCCCGGGUGGCAUUACUACAAGAUUUGCGUCUGCAAACCUUCGAUUCGAUACGCUUCGCCUCAUAUCGUACCGCCUCGAAGCUGCGCUACAUACAAAAAUCCACAAAUCUGCAUUUGGUCGAUAUCUGGAAUGUGAUAGAGGCGUUUCGCGAGAAUGGCCUCAACACCUUGGAGCCACAGAGUGAUGUCAGUGUGGCCCGGCUGGAGACAUUGGUUUCAUCGCUAUAUCACAAUCUAAAUAAACGACUGCCAACAGCACAACAGGUUCCUGUCGACUCCAAGGCUGGUCUACUACUUAAUUGGUUGUUAGCCGCAUAUACCACCGACAAUUCGGGCAAGAUUCGUGUAUUCUCCAUUAAGGUGGCCUUGGCCACAAUGUGCUCCGGCAAAUUGGUGGAUAAACUAAGAUACAUAUUCUCUCAGAUCUCAGAUGGUGCCGGCCAAUUGGUCAACUGGAAAUUAGCCGAAUUCUUAAAAGAAGUCCUUGCCCUGCCCGCUGCUGUAUACGAAUCGCCCACAUUCCACUAUACAGAUGGCCUCGAAGAGCAAAUCUUCCCCUCCGAGAAUAAAAUCACCGUUAACGAUUUCAUGGCAACACUUAUGUCUGAGCCCGGACCCUCAUGUCUGGUCUGGCUACCGCUGUUGCAUCGUCUGGCCACCGUCGAAACAAUUGUCCAUCCGACAAUCUGUUCCGUCUGCCAUAAGGAGAAUUUUACCGGCUUUCGUUAUCGUUGUCAACGGUGUCACGCCUACCAAUUGUGCCAGGAGUGCUUUUGGCACGGCAAGACAUCGUUGAAUCAUCAAAACGAUCACGAGGUAAAAGAAUACUCCAGCUAUAAAUCGCCCAGCAAACAGAUUGGCCAUUCGUUGCGCAAAAGUUUCCGAUGUGUGCCGGAAAAGACAAGUCAAGUGUUGCCACGAUUUCCCGAACAGCCGGAGAAGACGUUGAAUCUGUCACAUAUUGUGCCACCGUCGCCAUUGCCCUCACAUAACGGUUUUGCGGAUCCCUCAUUGUUACAUGGCCUGGGUGGUCCCGGUAUACCAGGCGGCGGAGGAGGAGGUAUUGGUGGUCUUCUGUUUGAUCGUUCCAGUACCCUAGAUUCAAGAGCCACCGGGCGUAGUGUUGAUAGUGCCAAUGGUGGUGGCACAUCGUCGUCGCGUGUUGCCGCUGCAUCGGCCAACGAUGAAGAACAUCGUUUGAUAGCGCGUUAUGCAGCGCGUUUGGCUCAAGAGAAUCGUGCUCCCAGCAAUACAAGCAAUACGGAUAACAUUGCCUCGGAUAAUUCCAGAGCCCAACGUGAACUUAUAUCUCAAUUAGAAUGUAAGAACAAGGAAAUAAUGCGUGAAAUUGCCCGUCUACGACGUCAGCAAGAAGCCGAACAAAUGGCUCCCGAAAAUCCAGCUUUAAUCAAUGAACUGCGAGCAUUGCGUCAACGUAAAGGUGAACUGGAGGGCCAUUUGGGUGCCCUACAAGAUUCACGGCGACAACUUAUGGAACAACUAGAGGGUCUUAUGCGUAUGUUAAAAAAUCAACAGACCUCUUCACCCAGAUCAACACCAAAUUCUAGUCCUCGCUCUGGUAAAUCACCACCCAUGCCCAUGGCUGGCAGCGGCGGCGGAGGUGGUUGUGCCUCAGGAGGUGGCAGUGGGGGUCUCAACACCUUGGGUACCUCACCCAUGGGCUCGUUACUUAAUCAAAUGUCAAGCAAUACAGCCGGUGGUGGCCACAGUAUGUUAGGCAGCUCAUCGGCUGCCGGUAGUGUGCUGCGUAUGCAACAAGCCUCGCCAUUAAAUCAAAAUCAGUUCGGUCAAAAUCCCUUAGAUGCAACGGAAUCAAGGGGUGGUUUUAAUAGCAAUGGAAGUGGAAUUGAUGUCGAUGAAUACUUUAAUCUUGAUUCGACUAAUGAGCCAUCCAAUAAUGAUCAACAUCGCGAAAGUGUUCAUGAAAAUGAUUCCUCCUCCUCUGCCCAUGAACAACAACUAACACAUGAGACAAAAGAUGAAGUCCAUGAGUCUUCAAUUGAUAUGUUAUCAACACUUCUUAAUGAUCUCAAUACAGACUUACUACGUCACAUAGAAGGUGAUGAAUCAGCCGAAGAUCUCGAAGAAAAUGAAGAAGACGAGGCGUAUGACGAUUUCGAUUUGGAUUAUAAUUUUGGUUUAAGUCUAUGCGAUAGUAGUGGUAUAUCUUCAAGUAUAAGACAUCUGCAACAGCAACAACAACAACAGCAACAAUUGCUGCACUCCUCUAACGACCAUGAUUUCCUAGGAUCAAUGGCUGCCGCCUUAGCUAGUGGUGCUGGUGCUGGUAGUGUUGUGGGCGGCAACAAUCACUUGCUGUUAAAAGAUCUUGAAUAUCGUCUCGAUCAUGAUUCCGAAGUUGAAUUAGAUUCCGAUUUUGAUAUUGAUGAGGAGCAUGCCCACAUCAAUCGUGUCAUGGGCUAUAAACACUAUCCUGAGGUUCUCAUCGAUGAUGCAGAUGCUGGUUUCCCACUAUUGCAUGAAAUCGAUUUUGAAGACCCCCAACAAACAAUAAAUGUUGAUUGGAAUGAUAAGCAAACCAACUCAGCCAGUAGCCAGUGGCAGGAACAAUUUGCCCAAUGGUCUUUACACACGCAAAAGAACUAAUUCCAUAAAUUGAAUUUACAAC